UGCCCGCGUCGCCUGAGGUCGCGGCCUCCUCUCGGCAGCGGCGGCGGCGGCGUCUCCGAGUCUCCGAGUCUCGUGAGUUCCUCAGAGAGACGGAGACGACUCGGGGGGUAAGGAGAGAGACAGCCCCAGUGUGGGCCAGCGCCUCUCGCGAACGCGUCUGAGAGGAGGGGGGUGGGCUCGCGUCUCCGGGGUGUCGAAAAUGAGUGUCCGCACGGUGCGCAAGGGCAUUCACGUGGACCAGUCGGAGCUUCUGUGCAAGAAGGGAUGCGGUUACUAUGGCAACCCGGCGUGGCAGGGCUUCUGUUCCAAGUGCUGGCGCGAGGAGUACAACAAAGCGCGCCAGAGGCAGAUCCAGGAGGAUCGCGAGCUUGCUGAGAGGCUCCAGCGAGAGGAGGAUGAGGCGUACGCCGGCAACCCCAGCGGCAGCUCCCAGCCCAUCACGUUCGCCAAGUUCGAGGAGAAGAAGACCCAGGAAAAGACGAGCAAGGUCAACACUGUCAAGAAGUUCUUCUCGGCUUCCAAGACCCCGCCAAAGAAAGACGUGCCGGAUUCCAGGCCUCCGGAUAGCCGCCCAGUGAUGCGUCAGCAGAGCCUGGAGAGCCAGCGCGUGGCCGGCGAGUUCACCGACUUCCUGAAGCUGCUGCGCAAGCCGGCGGCGCAGGACAUCUACAAGCGCUGCCGCGCCUGCAUCGAGGGCAUGCAGCUCAAGAGGGACAAGAGCAUUGAAGCACAGUCGGACUUCGUACAAGACUUUUACCAGACCAUGGCCGAGCGGCUGCAAUGUCACUCUGUCUUCAAAGGUGCUUCCCCAGAGCAGGUGGAAAAGAUGAUGGACAACAUUGAGAAGUUCAUCAUGACGCGAUUGUACAAGAACGUAUUCUGUCCCGAGCACACGGACGACGAGCGGAAAGACCUGGCCAUCCAGAAGCGCAUCCGGGCGCUGCACUGGGUGACCCCCGUGCUGCUGGGCGUACCCAUCAAUGGGGACAGCCCCCAGGUGAUCGACAUGGUGGAGAAGGCCAUCACUGACAUCAUCGAGAUGGACUCGAAGCGCGUGCCGCAGGACAAGCUGGCAUGCGUGACGCGCUGCAGCAAGCACAUCUUCAACGCGAUCCGCGUGUCGCGUGACGAGCCCGCCACGGCCGACGACUUCCUGCCCACGCUCAUCUACAUCGUGCUGCGCGCAAACCCCCCGCGCCUGCAAUCCAACAUCGACUACAUCACGCGCUUCUGCCACCCCAACCGCCUCAUGACCGGGGAGGCCGGAUACUACUUCACCAACCUGUGCUGCGCGGUGGCGUUCAUCGAGAAGUUGGACGCGCACUCCCUGAGUCUGACGCCAGAGGAGUUUGACCGCUACAUGUCGGGGCAGGCGUCGCCACACCGGCCCGGGGGCAUGCACAUGAGCAGCACGGAGCCCGAGCUGAGCCCGGCUCUGCGGCUCAUGAACCACAACCUGAGCGCGCUGCACGAGCUCCACGAGCGCCAGGGGAACGUCAUCGCAGGGGCACGCGAGAUGGAGCGCCAUCUCAUCUCCUGGCAGGAGGAGGUGAUGCAGCAGGUGCAGGACGUAGUCGACAAAUUUCCACUGGAGGUGCGGCCGCCCAGCGCCCAGCAGCUACAGCAGCAGCAACAGCAGCAGCAACAGCAGCAGGCCGCGUGUCUCGCACCUCUGGACGCUGACAAUGAGGACGACGACAAGCUACCGCCCCCGCUACUGCCGCAGCCGGCAAGCAGCUAGCAGCAGCGGGUGGCCCUUCGGCACUCACUGCCGCCACCCCCCCCCCGCUUCCCAUCGCGAAGCAUGGAGCGCUCUUCCCUCCCCAACCCACCCACCCGCGCAUUUAAUUCAAAGGCGCCGGGUCAUCGGGAAUGUUUAUCCGGCUGAGCGUAGCUCGCGCGCUCGCAUCGCGCGAAUAUUACUCCCUCCGUGUUUUUCCCCCGCGCCUAACCGCGGGCCCGGCCCCGUCGGCUGGAAGCUGUUGGAGCUAUCGCUGGGGGAGCUUAAGCUGUACAAAAUGAGACUGUGGUGUGUAACUCACUGACCGCUGUAACGAUGGAGCCCCGAGCAUAACGAAGCCACUUUGAAGCUGCUAUGAAUUGAUUCGCUGAUGAAAAUGAAUCGCUACCCUCGUGAUAUGUGCAACAUUGUUGAGAGAAUCGAUCCUUUUAAUGUUGUAUACCUCGGCCGUAAUGUGUUGACAUGACCCUUGCUUGCCACUAAGAGGCCACUCCAGUUCACCACAAGGUAAAACAUUUUUUUUUUAAUUCUGAAUCGUGGCCUCGAAUCUUGAGUUGGUGGCAAAUCAUCGAAUUGUACGGAGAGGUGCACGGAAUCUUUCCGGCGUGGUGGCUGCAGCCGGCCACACUGGCACGGUGGUGGGACCGGCUGCAGUCGCUGGGCCGCUUGAAGGCUUCGUGGCGGCCUUCAGAAACGCCGGCUGGCACCGCCGCCGUGACUGUGUGAGGUCGUGCUUUUUGGUUUUCGUCGCCCUUGAAAGUCACGGCCAUGCCAGUGCUGCACGUAAAACUGUGGGUGCGAGAACCACUAUGCCAAUGUCAAGCCUUUUCUUUACCCGGGUGUAUGAAGGCAUUUCAGGCCCCCGUUCCUUAAUCGACGCAUUUCAAGCCCUGGUCCCUGAUUGGCUUAGGUUGAAUCGAGACUCGUGUGAAUUUGAAAGGAACUGCACGGGUGUCAGCUGACCCUCUUGUUGCUGUGAUCUUCAGUGCGGUGCUGCUUUUGAAGCACUUAGAAGAUGAGCGAUUUGGCAUGAGCGUAAUAGCAGACCGAUGGACGAGCCGCGUAGAUUUUUCGUUCGUGCUUCGAAAGCGAGCAUUUAAACGGCAGAAGAGACACAGCCGUAACAUCCUUUUUUGCACUUUCUGUAAAAUGUAGGUAGGUAAAUUAUCGGGAGCUAAUUUGACCUGAUGUAAAACAUUGAGGAAUAGAAAAUGUAUGUGUCAAUUAGCAGCGUUAUUGCUCGAGUGAAACCGGGUAAGACUGGUCCAAUUUGAGGCUGGUUAGGUCAUGGCGUGAGCCCUCCUUUGCCACGAUGGAACGGAUAGCACUUUAGGGUCCACCGGUUCAAGAACGGGCGUUCGUCGCGCACACGCAAAACGAAACCGACCUUCGGGAACGCAAGUUUGCGAGCGGGUUUUGCAAAAACCUUUACAGUCCGCCGUGCACGACUCGCGAGAAGGCCUCUUUCGGAUGAUAACUGGGGGGCAAGGCAUUUGUUUAUUAUCCCACUUGUAACUGUUUGACGUCGAUUAGACUUUUCAAACGUCGUUGUUAACGCUUGAGCCGGAGAAACUCUGUACGCGCGAAAUUCCGCAUCUGCUUUGUGAUCUUUCACAGGUUUUGCGGGUAUUUGGCGCCAUGUUCGCUUCCUGCAUCUGUUUUACAAUUGAUGAAGAUCGGAUGCCUUGUGCAAGACACUUCCCCUGAGUGUUAACCUCCUCGUAUCCGGAGGUUUUUUUUUGUCUCCCAGCUCCCCCUCCCCCCUUCCCAAACAUCCCAAGCAGGACAACUCCAGACAAAGCCACUGGGGCUCGGUGAGGCUCUCCUAGGUAAAUAAAUCAUUGGUAAUAAUUCUUUUUUUUUAUGCGACUUGGUGGGGGCAAACGCUCUGCCAGGUCCGGCAGUCUAAACUCUUUCUGUCAUGCCUGGCAGCUCUUCUGACAAUGUGCUCUUUAAUACCGCACCGUGUCGCCUCUCUCUCGCCCCUCCCCUCCCCCCUUUGUCGAGACAAAAUUCACCAAUCCACUAUCGGGCAUUGCACUGCGCGCAUGGCAGUGGGCCGCAAAAAACGUGGGAAGAGGCUGGAGCCAUGCCGCGUCUGCCCUCCACGCACUCCUUGCUGAUCCCAGCCCCCCCUUUUAAUAUUGUACACAAACACACACGCGCACGCACGCAAGCAUCCCGAGUAAAGUAAUUCCUCGUCGGUCCGUUUCGAUUCCACAGCUUUUACUCGGCAGCGGCCGAAAGUCGAGCGGCCGAAAGUCGAGCGUACGGCGAAGCGGUCGCUGUACGCCACCACCUCUUCUUGGGAGAGACUCCGUGAGUGUUCGCCACGGUGACCUCCGCAGUAAAGACCGUGCCGUGAGCCCACCCCGCGUGUCUUCUUGUCCGCAGCUUUAGUUCUGCGAGCCUGCGUGGGUUGUUUCGCGUUGAUGUGACUUCCUCCCCCCGUUCUCUCCAACUCCCCCCCCCCCCCCCAUUUUUUUCUUUCCCUAAAGCCAAAGUGGCGUUAUUCUGUUCGGUAUAUUUAUGAGUUCCAAAUAAAAACGCGAGAGAGUUCUG